CUAUUACUAUGAUAGAAAUAUCACCAAAUGAAAAAUACCUUAUUACUUAUAGUGAAGAAGAUCAUAAGGUUCAACUUAAAUUUCAUAAAACUGUUGAAAUUUAUAGAUAUAUCAAAAGGACUGCAUAUGAUAUUUAUAAACUUGUUGGUAUUUAUGAUCAUGAUAAUAAAAAAAGUUUUAGUAAGUAAUAAUUGUUUGAUUAUGUAAUUAUUAAAUUAUGGAAAUUGAUAUUUAUUUUAAUGUUUUUUAGUAAUCGAUAUGAAUAAUGAAG